AUGGCGGCAACAAAUUUCUCCAAUCCGAAAUCUUUGGAUGUUCUCACAUCAAUGGUUAACCAAACGCUUGUUGAGACCGGCCGGUUUUUCAAAACCGGGGGCUCCCUGCAGUCCAGAGCUCAACUCAAGCGAUCUAUCCCUAUUGCGCACGAUCAGUUCCAGAAUGCUCUGGACAAUCUGUCUGAGCAGAUAUUCCUUGCCAAAGCAUUCCUGGAGAGAGACUACGAGGCAGUCAAAGCAAGGAAAGCUGCCCUACAACCCGCAGAAGAUGUCGUAAUGAGUGAUUCAGAGGUCAAGAUCGAACCCGAGUCCGCACCACAGCCUCCCGAGCAGCCAGUGGUCGCCACCGACAUGGUUCAGGCCAAGGUCGAGCCAGCUGACGAUGUUCUUGCUUCGAAGCCCGAGGCGAAUGUUAAUGAUAAUAAACAGAUCUCAGGGGAUCAGCCUGUUAAGGUGGAGAAGUCGGAUGAGAGUGUUGCCGGUGUCGCUGGAGCGCAAUCUCUUUCCGCACCAGGGGAUUUCAAUUUUGACUCCAUGCUGAAUGAUAAUGCCGGCACUAAUGAUUUCGAUCUAAAUCUAGACUUUGGCGAUGAUGAUGUUGGGAAUGACAGUUUCUUGUCAGGUUCCAACAUACUCAACGCCAGUACCGGUCCCAAUAAUGGCAGCAACGGAGCAAACAAUCAGCCGACCGAUGCCACACCAGCCUUGCCUGGUAGUGAGAGCAACCCAGCUACCGCGCCGAUGGGCGGAGACGCAUUCGACCUCGAGCUACAAAAGGCAGCGGCAUUCACCUCCCAGGGGGAUACCUCAGGAGAGCAGCCCUUUGAUGGACAGGGUGGUGGUAACGUGGAAGACGUUAUGCCAGGAGAAUCUAGCUUCGAUGAUCUUUUCAUGGAGAGCGACAAUUUUGGAGGGGAUGAUCCUGGGGAUGCUAGUCUGCUAGAUGGGGAUGGACUAGUCAACAUCAACGAGUUGGAUGACAGCUGGUUUACUUGA